AUGGUUAUUUCGAUUCCAAUUCCAUUUCAAAUUGUACUAUUUUCCUGCAUAGCAUCUAUAGUGCUGGUGAAUGGACUGAAUGAUUACAAUAUUGCUGAUGAUGAUAUCAUCAAUCUUCCAGUUAGUAAAUUCCCAGAACCGGACUGCAAAUAUCGUGUACGGUCUCAUAACCGGAAUGGAGCGGAAUUGAAGAGGGAAGUUGGAAUUGGUGAACCAGUCUAUCACCAUUGGACAUGCAACUAUAAACAACAACAACAACAACAACAACAACAACAAAGUGGUCUAUUCUGUAUUUUAGUAAACAAUUGUACGAUUUCAAAUCCUCGACCUAAUUUCUUUCCGGUACCAAUUAUUGAUAAGUUUGGUUGCUCUCUUUUUCCUACUAUAAUGCCAAACGUGGAAUAUGAUGGUGACCUUGAAGGUGGUCUUCAAACAAAUAUAUUCUUAUUGGACAUUGAUCAGGCUUAG